AUCGCAACAAAGGAACACAUCUCAGGAUCUGUUCUGCAGAUCAAUUACCACAUCACAGGUGUUUGUUUUCACGCCUGUCCUGCUGGUCCCGUGAACCAAGAUGCUGCAUUGCAUAUGUUGCAUGUAUGCGGGGUUGCCCAAAAAGGACAUAUUAAAAAAGCUUCACCUCAGCCAUCUCCACCCCCAUUCUCGUUACCUCUAUGCCUUGAGGACUUUGGAAGGAUUAUAUACCAGUUUCCUCCUCUCUCUUCUUCUUCCUCCCCUUCCUCCCUUUCCUCCAUCUCAAUGUAUAUUUCCUCUCCUCACUGCGCUUAUUUGCACCAAUAAUACUCAACCAUGCACCCCACUAGUUCCCCUUACUUUGUUUACGAGCCGUUUGUGUGCUUUGGAUGCAAUGUUGGUUUUGUGUCUCUUGACUUGCUCAACGGACACGUACCCUCGUGCAAACACCAGCCCGUCUUUAGGCCAACGCAGGGGCAUAAGUAGCGUACCAGGGCUGUUCCGGCCUCUUCCCAUUCGGUCAAUUUGCCAGUGCCAUUCUGUGGAUCCUCUGUGCGCUUGCACUGCCGGCCCAAAAAUAGACUCGACCACAAGCUAGAAAAGCCGGAAGAGUUUCAGGCGGCUGGCCGCCAGUUGGGUCCCUAAAAAAAGGAGUUGCGGGCAGAAAAUAAGCCAGACUAAUUAUAGUGUGGUAUCGCUUUUUCCGGCAAUUGUGUAUCAGCGAGUGUUAGGAACG